UGGCUUCUGUGACUUUGAGUCGUUCCUGUUGUUAGGCAGCGAAGCAGAUUCGUGCUGAGGUGAACACUGCCAAGGAAAGUGCGCUGGCGUUGAAGGCUAAUGCAGAGAACGUCAGAAACGAUGCUGAGAAGGCGGCAAACACGCUGAACAACUACAAGAUGCUGUCGGCGGACGAUCGGCAAAAAGCGCAAGAUGCAUUGGAGCGCGCGAGUCAAGCGGAGUUGACGGCCAGUCGAAACAAUGAGACGAUCCUGGAGGCGAUGGAGUUAUUACGGAAAAUUACCGCCGAACUAAUUCAGGACGCGGACCUGGAUCGGCUCGAGGAACAGUUGCAAGAAGCUAGUAAGAAUUUGGAGAACGUGAAUCUUCAGCAGGAGGUUAGCAGCUUGAAAGCUAAACAGUUGGAGCAGGCCAAGAAGAUAAAUCUCUACAAAGCGGAUAUUGCUCAACUGGAGCAGGAAGUGAAGAAUAUUCAACAAAUUAAAGACAGUCUUCCGAACGAGUGCUAUAAUGUUGUCGACAUUGAAGGCACUAGACGUUAG